AUUUUUUUUCUGAGCGGGUCUACGGCUGGAGGCGCCAUCUUGAAAGACGAAAUUUUUUGAUAAAAACGGCUAAAAGCUUAAAAGCAGCACGAUGUUGUAUCUGGAGGACUACCUGGAGAUGAUCGAACAGCUUCCCAUGGACCUCCGCGACAGGUUUACGGAAAUGAGGGAGAUGGACCUUCAGGUUCAGAACGCCACAGAUCAGCUGGAGCAGAAGGUGACGGAGUUCUUCAUCAACGCAAAGAAGAACAAACCCGAGUGGAGAGAGGAGCAGAUGGAGAUCAUCAAAAAGGAUUACUACAAAGCUUUGGAAGAUGCUGAUGAGAAGGUCCAGCUGGCCAAUCAGAUUUACGACCUGGUGGACCGGCACCUACGGAAACUGGACCAGGAGCUGGCCAAGUUUAAGAUGGAGCUGGAAGCGGAUAACGCCGGCAUCACAGAGAUCCUGGAGAGACGUUCUCUGGAGAUGGACAGCCCGUCUCAGCCCGUCAACAACCACCACGUCCACUCCCACAGCAGCUCUGAGAAGAGGAAGUACAGCGCCCCGACCCACCACACCACAGAACACGUUCCAGAGAAGAAGUUCAAGUCUGAAGCUCUGCUGUCCACGCUCACAUCAGACGCCUCCAAGGAGAACACCCCAGGUUGCCGUGCCAACAGCACGUCUUCAUCCACCAACAGCGCGUUCAGCGUGAACUCCUCUCAGCCUCUGGCCUCCUACAACCUGAGCUCUCUGCCCGCCGGGCCCGGUGCCGGAGCCGGGGCCAUCACCAUGGCUGCAGCUCAGGCCGUCCAGGCCACGGCUCAGAUGAAGGAGGGCAGACGGACUUCCAGCCUCAAAGCGAGCUAUGAAGCCAUCAAAAACAACGACUUCCAGGUCCGGGAGUUCUCCGUGACCCGGGAAAACUCGGGGUACUCCUCCUCGGCGCUGGCCUCCACCCUCACCCAGACCCUCACCCCCACCGCUGCCUCGGACUCCAGGGGCCGAAAGUCCAAGAGCAGCAUCAAGUCUUCCAACCACCAGUCGUCCUCUUCGUCCUCCUCAUCGUCCCUGUCUUCCUGCUCCUCCUCCUCGGCGCUGGCUCAGGAACUUUCCCAGCAAGCGGCGGUUCUGCCUGAAGCUGAGGCAAACAGCCAGGUGGACUGGACCUACGACCCCAACGAGCCCCGUUACUGCAUCUGCAACCAGGUUUCCUAUGGAGAGAUGGUCGGCUGUGACAACACAGAUUGUCCCAUUGAGUGGUUCCACUACGGCUGCGUGGGCCUGACCGAGGCUCCCAAAGGGAAGUGGUUCUGUCCUCAGUGCACGGCCGCCAUGAAGAGGAGGGGCAGCCGCCACAAAUAGACCAUCAGAGUUUGACGCUCUGAAGACUCCAGGAACUGAAAUCAUUUCCCAUCAGGCCAUGCUCCCCACACUCAACAAAGACUACAACUCUACUGGACUACAACUAUGGAAGCCUGUGUUGAUAUGAGCAGUGCUCACAAUGUUUCUCUGAAUGUACAGAACCUCAGCAGUCAUGUGUGACGGUGUCUGAUUGUGUGUCGUCAGUGUGUGAUUGUGUGUGUGCUCAAUAAAC